AUUCUCCCCCGCGCGGAGCUCGCCGCUUUACUCCGCUGCUCCUGGCCGAGGGAUGACAUCGGGGAGGCUGCGCGGGCAGCGGAGGCGCUGAGCGAGCGGAGUCUGCCGGCUGCAGGUUCCUCCUCCCGCGGGCUCUGCCGCUGCUCCGGCCCCCGCCUGGAGAGGCGCCGAUCGCAGCGCCCCGGCGCCGGGGAGGACGCGGCAGGUUCCCCGCUUUGCACGGCUCCGAGUCCCCGGAGGAGCCGGGCAGCCCCGGGGGACUUCUCGCCGCGCGGCCGGGGACCGGCCGCUGGAAGUUGCCGGGAGUGGCUCGGAGCUGGUGGCUUCCCCAGCACUCACAACACAGUGGGUCUACCUCCCUUAAGUCACUCUGGUUCCUGGCUGAAACUUUGACAGUACGGACAAGUCAACUUAAAGGAUCUAAGCGUUUUAGAGCAAGGACUGUCUAUGAUGUGUGUCUAUAGAGCUCCUAGAUCAGUGUGCCGCUGAUCUCAGGACACUCCCAAGGCCUGAUGGAUUUCUGAUAGCGUGCUACUGAAGAGCUGGAAAGAGCAUGGUUAAACACCAACCACUACAGUACUACGAGCCGCAGUUGUGUUUGUCAUGCCUGACCGGGAUCUAUGGCUGCCGUUGGAAACGGUACCAGCGGUCACAUGAUGACACCACAAAGUGGGAGCGCCUCUGGUUCCUAAUCCUCACCUUCACUUUCUUCCUGACACUGGUCUGGUUUUAUUUCUGGUGGGAAGUUCACAAUGACUACAAUGAAAUCAACUGGUAUUUAUAUAACCGAAUGGGAUAUUGGAGUGACUGGUCCAUUCCAAUACUUGUAACAGCUGCUGCUGGCUUUCUGUAUAUCACAGCGUUAUUGAUUUUAGCACUAUGUCACAUAGCUGUGGGACAGCAAAUGAACCUACACUGGCUCCACAAGAUCGGCCUGAUGGCGACCUUGGUAGUUACUGUAGUAACUAUGUCUUCUAUAGCACAGCUUUGGGACGAUGAAUGGGAGAUGAUCAUUAUUUCAAUGCAGGCCACAGCUCCCUUUCUGCACAUAGGAGCCCUGGCUGCAGUCACGGCCCUGUCUUGGUUGAUAGCUGGGCAAUUUGCAAGAACAGAAAAAGCCACUUCACAGAUGUUGAUAUUCACUGCAUAUUUUGCCGUCGUAGUUGCACUUUACCUCGUUCCCCUCACUGUCUCUUCCCCUUGUAUAAUGGAGAAGAAGGAUCUGGGACCAAAACCUGCCAUCAUUGGCCAUCGUGGUGCACCAAUGCUGGCGCCAGAAAACACUCUGAUGUCCUUCCAAAAAGCAGUGGAGCAGAAAACACAUGGAGUGCAAGCUGACGUCGUGAUAAGCUAUGAUGGGGUGCCAUUCCUUAUGCACGAUAAGACGCUCAGGAGGACAACUAAUGUGGAGGAAGUGUUUCCAGAGCUGGCCGACAAGCAUUCUUACAUGUUCAACUGGACUGACCUGGAGAGUCUUAAUGCUGGAGAAUGGUUCCUAAGAAGUGACCCCUUCUGGACGGCUGGCUCCCUCUCGGGUUCAGAUUACCUGGAAGCUGCAAACCAAUCGGUCUGUAAGCUGGCUGAUAUGUUGCAGAUCGCCAAGGACAACAUGUCAGUGAUCUUGAACUUUCAGGACCUGCCACGAGAUCAUCCAUACUACAGCACGUACAUCAACAUUACCCUGCAGACGAUACUGGAGUCAGGGAUCCAGCAGCAGGCUGUGAUGUGGCUGCCCAACACGGAGCGGCAGUUGGUGAGGCAAAUUGCGCCAGGUUUCCAGCAGACUUCUGACCUCAAAGCAGACGCGGAGCGCUUGAGAGACAAAGGCAUCAAACAGCUGAACCUGCGGUACACUAAGGUCACCAGUGAGGACAUCAGGGAAUACAACGCCGCGAACCUGAGCGUUAAUCUCUACGUUGUGAAUGAACCAUGGCUGUUCUCUAUCCUCUGGUGUGCUGGCGUUCAGUCUGUCACGUCUGAUAGCUCACAAAUCCUUAGCAAGGUGCCUUUUCCUGUUUGGCUAAUGCCUCCAAAUGAGUACAAUCUAAUCUGGAUAACAGCAGAUCUAAUUUCAUUUACCAUAAUUGUAGGAGUUUUUAUAUUCCAGAACUAUCACAUGAUCAGAUGGCGUCUGGGAAGCAUAAGGACCUACAACCCGGAGCAAAUCAUGCUCAGUGCUGCUGUCCGCAGGUCCAGCAGGGACGUCAAAAUCAUGAAGGAGAAAUUGAUCUUUUCAGAAAUAAACAACGGCGUGGAGAAUGCAGAUGAGCUGUCGUUGUGUUCUGAAAACGGUUACUCCAACGAGGGCAUCGCCCCCAUGGAUCAUCGGGACAUGAAGCUACGUAUGGACUGAGGAAUUAAAGGCCCGUGGCACGACACCCUCCCCCCACAGUACUCCGUCUGCGAUGGGUGGUAUUCACGCUGUCUGGGAUGGGGGAACACUCUAUGGAACUACUGAACAUGCAGAGACCCCUUCUAUUGCUCUGGUUGCUGGCUCCUGACAUACUCUGGACUGUGAGGCUGGGGCAGCUUUUUGUAAAUAUGUAGAAAGUCCUUUUUUUUGUCUCUUUUGUGUAUUUUUGGGGGGUUGUAUGUAUUUCUUCCAGGACACGAGUGGGACUAACUUGUGCAUUGAAACAGGAACAUUUUGGCCGAAUCUGAUGAAAUAUUGAGGUGACAUCUUGGACGCUGGGGAAGACAGGCGGGGCAUGGACCUGAUCUUCCCCCUCCACUCCACUCCUCCCCUUGGUGCAGCGAUUGUUAGCUGAACUUGUCUAAAAACUAUGUUGUGAAGUUCUUGUGACGUGUCAUUUCUUUCUCUGGCUAAUGAAGUUUUCACUAAUCGGAUAGAGGGCUGUUCAGAGCUUCCUUGCAGGAGGGAAGGUGCUGCUCCGAGAGUGUGUUCGGGAUCAGGUUGGCGGAAUCACUUUCACGCCUUCCCCCAGAAUAGCAGGACCGAGGCAUGCAGGGAUCAUAUGAAACAUAUGAUAGAAAGUGCUCAGAGCAAAACCCUUGGCAAGUUGGAUGGCCUAUACUGCAGUCCUUCCCCAGAGAAAUCUCCCCUAGAUGCUACUGGCCUGAGUGAAGACCUUAAAUAGACCCCUACUUGGGAUUUCAUAAGUCAGUCUCCAUGAAGAAUCUCGAUUCCAUGAUGGCUAAUAAAGAGCACUCCCCACCUUGUUCGUCACCCUGAUCCAGCUGAAGUGGUGUAGGUGGCGUAGUUUGUGUUCACCCUUAAACUGGUGGUGGGGAAGGGAAGUCACAAUCAGCAGUGGCCUGGUAGCCGGUGUUUCUCAGUCACAGGUCAAGGAGCUCAGCUUGAAGAACCGAAGUUUGAAGCAGCAGCAAAGAAUGCUGGAUUGUAAAUAGUAAAGCACAAAGUGAAGCAGUCUAGGAGAACAAGGGAGACCGUCUCCUUAAUUCUUUGUUGUUGUGUUGAAGCAGUAGCUUUUUUUUAAAGACUGCACAUUAAUUUCCUCCAAAGGAGCGACAAUGACAGAAAAUGAGGUGCUUGCACAGAAUAGGAGCUACCGUUGGCAUUUUUUCAGUGCAAGAGGCUUAAACCAAAAUCCUACAUUAUAGUAAAAAAGCCCAGAAAUCAAGCGGAUCAGUGAUGCAUUUUUUUCCCCCUCUUCCAAAUGUCAAUAUUUAUUUUUCUCCCUCAACUCCUCCUCCCACUCCCGCACACACUGGGUCUCUCUUUCCACACAUCACAGUCUGGGCACUUGCCCUUUCUGACUGUAAUUUUUCCCUUCUCUCACUGAGAUGCUAUUUAGCUCUUUCACGAUUUUGCCUGUUCUAAAGUCUGUUGCAGCCGGAGAAAAGCCUCCCAGAGACUUCAGUAGGUUUUGGCUCAAUCCCUAAUCUUUUGUGGUAUUUGUUAGUUUUGCUUCUUUACUGUAGCUUGGCUAACACAGAAAGGUGGAAUAUGGGAAAUAUCACCGAUCACUUCUUUGAAGUUCAUCAAAUGCUGCCUUGAAAAUCAAUUGUGUGUGAAAUUUGGCUCUUGAUGAGGGAUUUGAGCCAAGUCUGCGAUUCCUCAAUCAAAAGUGAGGUGAAAUGGGAUUUAUUUGCAGAGUCCUGCCUGGCAAUCAUGAAGAAACUGAAGCCAUGGCAUUUACCUUGCUAAACAGAGAGCAAACUCUGUUUCGGGUUUGCUGUAAAGUUGUAUUGGAUGCCAGACAUAGUGUGUGUUAAUCAAUGGCUUUGCCAAACCAUAGUCAGAAUAGAAAUAUUGUCAUGAAAUUAUUUUCAAACUGAUUUAAAACUGUAAACAUUCCCCAGCAGUGUUAGAAAGCCAAACCCAGAGGUGUUGUGUCUGGUGCAUAAGAACUGGGAAGUGAAACUGACUAGAAACAGAAAGUGAAACUGAGAUCUAACUGAAUGAAGUGCAAAAUGUCAACAGCAUCUAGGUGGUGGGAGGAAAAAAUUUUCCUUGAAUCUUUUCUUUUUAAUAAUCAAAGAUGUAACACAGGUAAGGAAUUAAAUAUAUUUAUAUUAUAUAAACGUGUGGCUCAAUUGUUACCCUUUAGAUUCUUAGCAGGGUUACACCACUGUAAAUCCAAGGUACGGCUAUUAAAAUAAUUUGAAUUGACUGGAUUUUUACCAGUGUAGCUGGCAUCAGAACCUGGCCCAGGGUGUGACACACAAUACACUACUCUCUUUCAUGGUACUCUUUCAAGUCUGUGUGAAACAAGGUGGCUUUCUGCAGAACUGAAAGAUCUUAUAUAAAGUUGCACUUCCUGGUGCAGUAUUGAAACAUUCCUGGCUGAUUUUGUCAUAUCAACUGAAAGACUUUCUUACAUCUCAGCAUCUGUUGAUGGUUACCUGCAAGUUUGGUUUUUAUCCUUGGAGAUGACUUUGUGGAAAGGUCAGACACUUUU